AAUCUACUUCUGCAGAGAGAAGAGAGAUCCCACCAGAGCUCCAGUUACUGAGGACACAGUACAAUACGUGUUUUCAAAGUUCUGUCUACUCUACUUCUACUCUACUUCUGUCUUUCUGGAUCAUCUGACUCUAAGCCACUCCAACAUGCAGGACCGUCAACACUACUUCAUGAAAGCCUUCACAUGGUUCCUGGUGUUUCUGGUGCUCGGUCCGCAGGCGUCUGCCAGCCCUGUUCCGUCUGUGGAUGUCCCGCCCAGCUCUGGUCAUCUCCAGCCUGAAGGUCAGAGGGCACUGAAGCGGAUGGCUCGUAUGACCCCGUUAUGGAGGACCAUGGGUACUAAACCCUACGGGGCGUACUGUCUAAACAACUAUGAGUGCUCCACUGGGAUCUGCAGGGGUGGCCACUGCAUGUUCAGCCAACCCAUCAAGUCCUAGAAGAGAAGACGGAGGAACGCUCCCAACAUUUUCCCCAAUCUGUUCUCCAUGGACAUACCCUCCCUCUCCUCUACAUAGCCAAACAUGCAGACAUUAUGUGGCUUGACAUCUAUCUAUGCAAAACAAUCUCUGUAUUCAUAAUGUAUCGCUGAAGUAUGAGAAGGGUUAACAUAUCUUAAAGGAAAGGUUAAGGUAUACCUAAAAUAUAUAUAUAUUCCUGAAUAUUUUGCUUAGGCAAAGGGGAUUGCUAUAUUUUACUCUAAUCUUUCUGACUUUACCAAAGUAAGCAGAUGACAUGCUGAUAAAGGUUUAGCCUAAUAUUACAGGCUAAAGCAUCUUUAACAAACCCCUUAUUGAGAUGUUCCUACGAAUGUAUCGUCCUUUAGGAUUUUCCUUAGGCAAAAGGUUGGGUUACGUUCUUAGGAAAAAUAAUCCCAGAAGGGUUCUUCGGGUGUCUCCGUAGGAGAACCCUUUCUGGGUUCCAGGUAGAAAGGGUUCUCCUAUGAGGACAGCCCAAGAACCCUUCUGGGUUCUAGAUAAUGCUUUUUUGUUCUAAGAGUGAAGAUGUGAUAUUGAAUGCUAGCUUUUGGACCGUACCAAAGGGAGCAGCAUGUAAAUGUGACAGACACAUGGAUUUUUGGUUAUAAGGUUUUCAAUAUUUCUACUAAUAUUUCAUACAGGGUGCUGGCCAGAGACAAAACAGUAGCUAGGCGCCUAAACAUAGUCUGUCAAAGUGCUUCACCAAAUGUUAACAGUCAACACACUCGCAUUCAACGUAAUGGUGACUGUAUUCACUUUGCCAUCGAGGAAUUUAUCCUCCAACAAUAUCUGUCGUGCAGAGUAUCUGUUCAAUCGGAUUAGAUCGCGUUAAAAAAAUACAUCAGAAUCAGAUACAUUUUCAUGGUACAUGUAUCAUACUUGUAUCAUACUUGUAUCAUACUUGUAUCAUACUUGAUAGUGACGUGGAGAGAGAUAGGCAAUGUCAUAACGUCAGACUUUGGAACUUUGUGUUCCGGGUAAAAAAUAUACUAAAAAAAAAGAGAGAGUGAAAAAAGGGGAAAGGGAGAACAAGAGAGAGAGAAACCAUAGUGUCAUUGAACCAGAGGUAGAGGGGGAGAGAAAGAGAUAGAUAGAUAGAUAGAUAGAUAGAUAGAUAGAUAGAUAGAUAGAUAGAUAGAUAGAUAGAUAGAUAGAUAGUGAAAAAGGGGAAAGGGAGAACAAGAGAGAGAGAAACCGUAGUGUCAUUGAACCAGAGGUAGAGGGGGAGAGAAAGAGAGAGAUAGAGAGUGAGAACAGACAUGGAGCAAUGGUUAUGUGUAAUGAUUGACCUCACCUUUGACCUCCCGGCCAGAUGUUUUAUGCAUAUAGAGAUGUACUAGAGAGCUCGUCUCCUGUCUUUGCAAUGGCCUUUGGUCCAAGUGCUCUCUAUCCAACUUCAUGUUUAUGCAUGCUCACUUUUUUCUACUUUUAAUAUAUAGAAACAUAUUUAAAUCGUUUUCGUAUAUGUAUUUACUGUAUGUAUGUAAUUAAACAAGUAUUUAUAUCGUAGUCAGUAUUUUGUGAGAUUACAACUAGUCUCAAGGUUGGGAAUUAUGUUUAAGCCUGUGGUCUGAUGAACAGCAUCAAAAUGAUAUAUUUUUUAUUAAGAUUUCUUAUUUAUACCAUUCGUUAUCAUUCGUACUCAUUUGAACAAAAUGUCAUUCAAAUAUCCUAUUCAUUGUAUUAUACUUCCUUAAACUACGUGGUUGCCAUAGAUACCAACGUAUAUCAAUCUCCUCUGGUCACAAAACAAUGUGCAAUACUAAAUAAAGAGUAUUCUUAAAUUA